AUGAAUGUUAACUACCUCUCAUCUUCUUCAUGUUUUCCUCUGAUUAUCACUGAUGUACCGCCUGCAGAGCCUGCAGAAGAAGGUAACAGGCUGUGUCUCUGUUUAAACUUUGCCUGCAUGGUGUGACCAAAUAACUGUAUAUCACUUUGGUUUUCACAUCCCACCGUGUUUUAUAGUCCUUAGAUGGGACCUCAGUGCUGAGAUAUUUGUAGGAAAUAGAAAUGGUGACUUUCAAUCUCUUCAAUUACUUGUUGUGGGGUGUGAAUUUCUCUCUAUUCGAUUUAUUUUGAUAGAACAUUUUGAAUCUGAAAGCAGGUCUAAGUUUUCAUGGCAUGAGACCCCGAGAGCGCUAACACCAACCCUGCAUGACAAGUCAUAAAGAACUUGUUUAGACUUUCUAUUUCUCUUUCUGAUGGGCGAGAAAGUAGUUUAUAUCAGACCCUAUAAAACAGAGAUGAGAGCAGAGUGCAGAAGCAUUUGCAAAUAAUAAUGCAAACCAAUUUGUAUUCUGCUUGCCAACGUGUCCUUGUGUCCUUUGUCCUAGAAUCUCCUGCUGCAGAUGAAGGUAACUUACUGAGGAGGCCUGCCCAGGACAUUUUGUACAUCACUGUUGUUUAACCUGACUGCUCUGCAUCUACUCUCAGCCCUUGGGCCACGUUUUUGUGCCACACAGAUAUCCUGCCUGCCAAAAUAAAGCACAUUUUUUCCUCAUUUUAAUCCUUUUAUUACAGAAACUGUUUUAGUUGCGACAAACUGAAUGGUUACAGACAGUUCAUAGUGGUCUUUUUGUGACAGUUUACAUAUAGUGUGUCAUAGUGUUGACUUAGUGUUAAGAACAGAGUCUGGUAAGAUUUUUCCAAGUCUACAGACCUCCAUUGUAAAUUUGUCAAGAUGUGGUUGUGUGUUUGUCAUUUUGAUGGAUCAGUUGUGAAUUUUUUAUACCACAAUUUUUUGGUGAAGACUGAUGCUUUUGUGUUGAAGUGAAGAUUAAAUGAGGACUUGUUUUAUAUUAACUGUGAUUCUACUUUGACCUUUUUCCCACAUGAUAGAUGACUCCAAACCCAAACCAAAGUAAGGCUUUUGUAAAUGUUGUUUUCAUGUUUUGACACGCACCAAUCACAGAUAAUCCACAAUGUUUCUUAUUCUAACAAAGAGAUGUUAUUUCAGGGCAUUUGCUCCACCUAUGACUGUGCCAAAGAUACCAGAAGGAGACAAAGUUGACUUUGAUGUGAGUGAUUUGUGCCUCCUUAUGCAACUUAAAGACAAAAUAGGCAAUUUAAAUGGCUCUAAAGGUAUUACUGUUCAUGUCUUUAUUUUGUAAACUGAAAGGGUUUCUGGGUGCAGGAGAGUUUGAGUUAUAAUCGGUUCAGGAUCAAGACCUUUGUAGGACUUAAUUUAGGGGGUUAGCUCUUUGAAAGUGACUCCAUCAGAGAUAGUCUAAGUAUGCCAAUGUGUUUGUAACUGCAGGACAUACACAGAAAGCGUCAGGAGAAGGAUCUGACUGAGCUGCAGUCUUUGAUUGAGGCCCACUUCAUCCAGAGGAAGAAGGACGAGGAGGAGCUCAUUGCUCUCGUUAACAGGAUCGUAAGUCUUCCGAGAACGAGUGCCAGAUGGAGUGAUGCACCACCCAGUAAACAAUUACACUGUGUGUGUGUGUGUGUGUUUGUGUAUUGAUGUGCAGGAGAAGCGGCGUGCUGAGAGGGACGAGCAGCAGAGGAUCCGUACAGAGCAGGAGAAGGAGAGGCAGGCUCGUCUUGCUGUGAGUUCCCUCUAAUCUAGAUCCUAUUUAUUCAGGGCUGACCCCAAAGACAAUUAAUAAAGAGAGUCUGGUAACAACUACUCCUCUACAGCUCCCCCAUUUAUGCCUUGAUAUGAAGAGAAACAACACAGGAGCAAAAUCUCUCAAACAAACAAGAAUACUUACUGUCGUUGCAUGACAAAAACGCCUUGUGUGGCUUUAAUUUUGAACUCUAUGACAUGACUUUUUAAAAACUAUAAGUCUCAGGGGGACUUUUAACAUUUUAUGUUGAAAAUCAGCAAAUAAUAUAUUUCUCUUUGAGGAGGAUACAGUUGGAUUUUUUAAUAAUAAUAAUAAGGGAUAGAAUAAAAAAAGAGAGGAAGUGGCCAGAAGUAAUGAAACUGCAGGGGAUUAUCACCCAAUUCUGCAGCUGUGGUCGCUGACAUUGUUUUGUUUUUCACUUGAGGCAGGUAGAUAUUGCUGGUUAAAAAGCUCCAAAAUCCAUGCGCAUCACCAGAUUAAGGCAGAAAAAGCUGGUGAAAUGAAAAGGAUAUUAAGUUAAACAGCCAGACACGCUUUUUGGAGAUGAUGACGACGACGGAAAAACAUGUUAAUAUUUGGCUUACAUGCAGAAACACGACUUCAGAGAAGUUAAUUUAUGUUUAAAAGCAGCAUCUACCUACUUACAUUGUGCUAAUACAAAGUCUGUCAAAGAUUGAAGUAUUUUUUUAAACCUUUGCUGUAGGAAGAAAAGGAGAGGAAGGAGCUGGAGGAGGCCCGCAAGAAGCUGGAUGAAGACGCCAAGAAGAAGAAGGCACUGACUAACAUGACUCAGCAGUAUGGAGGAGUCCAGCAGAGGGUCAGCAAGCACUCACAAACAUAAAUAAAUAUUGUCCAUUGAAUUCUGCGUCAUUCACAAACCUGCCCCCCAAACUCUGUGGCCUCUUUUUAUUCCCCUAUCUUGUCUUGAUCACAUCCUCCUCAACUGAUUCUCUAAUCCAGCAAGAUGGAAAGAGGGGCGCAAAGAAGCAGACCGAGAGGGAAAAGAAAAAGAAAAUCCUGGCAGAGAGGAGGAAGCCUCUCACCAUCGACCAUCUGGGUGAAGACAAGCUGAAGUAGGAGCGUUUUCUUACUCCAUGUCAUUCACCGUGCUGUAAACAGACUAACACUGACAUACACAGUACAAGUGUCGUUAUUGAAUACUCCUCUAUCACAGUUUCAUAAUUUAAAAAAAGCCUCUCAGUCUCUGUCUUUGUGGCUCUCGCUCUGAAGGGAGAAAGCCAGUGAACUCUGGCAGUGGCUGCUGACGCUGGAAGCUGAGAAGUUUGACCUCUGCGAGAAACUGAAGAAACAGAAAUAUGACGUAAGUAUUUAAUCUCGAGGUGUUCACAGGACAAAAAUAAAAUAAAUAAACUUAAAUUAACAUGUUUAAAAGCGUCUAUAUUUAAAUCAAACGAGGUUCAGACACUUGAUGAAAUACUUUUAAAGAAAUCGUCAGAAAUUUGGGAAAUACUCUUACUAGCUUGUUUGACACCCACUGAGCCUUUUUUGGUCUAAAAGAGGUGUCUUAAUGUAGUCUAGACGACUGGUCUAAAAUCAGACUACCACAGGUCUAAAAAUGAAAGUUUUUUAGACGUCUAAAUUUAGACCAAGUUUAGACCAAGUCUAAAUCUGGGCUAUAGCUUUACUACACUGUAUAUUGCUCAACGGCUAUCAUCAUUAUUUUGGUUAAGUACUUUGAGAUCAGUUAUGCAACUCACAGCUGCUUUUUGAAAUAAAUAGUUAUGAAAUAAUGGGUUAAAGUGUGACGUCUAAAUUCCGUUUAAAAAUAUACAUAAUCUAGAUGAUUGAAAUUAGGUCUAAAAAAAAAAAAAAAAAAAAAACGAGACAUCAAAUAGCCAUCUAUUGCUCAGUGGGCUGUACGUUUGAUUUGACAUUAUACAAUCCAGUUUACAAAACUAUAAACAUGGUAAUAAGCCCCCUCAGAUUGACAGUAUUUACCAACCUCAGAAGUGCUGGUUAUUGGAUUUUGCCAAAGCAAGGCAGGCUAAGUGUUUGAGCUCAGCUUACAGCCUGGUCACUCUUGCCUCAGACUUACUUAUUUUCUAGCCAAAGGCCAUAAUGAAUUAUAACACCCAAGAUCUGAUAUAAUUUUAAAGUCUCUGUGUUUACAAAUGAAUAUUGAAAGUUAUGAUGUUUCUUUAUUAAAGUUUGAUGAAAAUCCUUAUAUACGCCUCAUUAGCCUCAGAUAUACUACAAUUCCUACUUCUUAACCUGAUUUGGUGUAUGUAGAUCUGCUGUAAAUUUCAUGCGGUUAAAAUGACAGACAGAGGUAGAUUUGUAGCUGAGAGCCAUGAACAGCCCCCCCGGGGUAUGAACGCUGAAACAUAACCUUCUAGGCUGUCCUCAGGGUGCCUAUCUAAAAUGAAUGUGGCUUGACUUCCAGAUCAAUGUGCUCCAGACCCGAAUCAAUGAGCAGCAGAAGUUGUGAGUAACUGUUAAUAAGGAGUGUGAGCCGCUUGGUUGUUGUGUAGUUUUGCUGCAAAAUGUGUGUUGGACGGUCACAAACUGGGUCUUGGGCGGUGGGGCAGGAACCAAAUUUGGGGAACAGCCACAAACAGAAGGUGAAAUUUAGUGUUCAUGAAAAAGCCUCAGCUAACCCAACACUGCUACCAAACACCCAGCAAUGAGACACAAAAACUUAGCCAUUCAGAGCACACGAGUACACACUGGGAAGAGGCAGUGAGGCGUCAGCGGGAGACGGGAAACCUUUGGGAUCCCGAUACUCAUUUGAUCAGAUAAUUAUAGAGUGAAACUAAACUAUCAAGGCCUGCUUUAGCCUGAUUAUGUAAGAGGAGGGAAACUGAGGCAGCCUCAGUAUUUAAUGUCUUUUUAAUCCUCUUUUCUGUCAGGCAAACAAUAAGCGCCACCAUCCUUUGAAACUGUGAUAUCUUGAGGUUUUAGCUGGACACAAGCACCUGUUGGUAUUUCAGAGUAUGAUCUCUACCUCUUUUGCACUGGGUCUACAAACAAAAACCAAUGAUCCACAAAGUUAUUAACACAGACUUAUUGUCUCCAGAAAAUAACUCCAGCUUUCUUUCAAACUCCUCUGGCUAAAUGAGAAACAGUUUGACUUGUUCAGAAAUCAUUUGAACUGGUACCAGCUCUGAGAUUUUCCAAGAUUCUCUUCAGGUUUGAGGUUUAAGAUUAACAAAAAAAGAUGAAACAGCAAGAUGUGAGUCCUCCUCUUCAGAUUCAGCUGUUUGGAUCUCAGGUGAGUGUCUCGCCCUGCUGAGCUCCUCUUACGGCCCAGAAGGUCUGCUCUCUGGCUUAGCUUGUGCUCGCCCAUGUGCUCUGCUUUCGCUCACGUGUUCAGCAUGUCCUCCAUGUUUGUCCCCCCACAGAUCAAUCUGCUCUUGGUGCGUGUUCAGAACCACCAGAGGUAAGUAGCGUUCAUCCUCGAACCCUCACCUGAGAAUUCCUGAGGAAAUCUCAGGUGUCGCUAAUAUGAGCACUGAGAGUAUCAUUGUGGCUUUUUGUAAAAGCCAUUGGUGGUAUUGAGGUGGUUUUGGUCCUUUUUAAAGAGCCUUGGGAUUUGUUGGGUCAGAUUGCAUAUUCUGACAAAUGUUAGAGAUGAAGUGUUUUCUGUAAAACAUUUUUUUUUUAUUUGCUCACCUUUUUUUUUCCGUAGCUGUUCACUUCUAAAGAUGUUCUAUGUGUUUUUCUGUCUUUUACCCCAAGGCCUUUUAAACUCACAUCAUCCUACUUCAUGCAAAGUGGGAACAUGUGACUCAGUCUUUGAAUGAAUGAGAUUAACAUAGUCUCUGUAAGUCGUUUUAACUUUGAGCAGCUCGGCUCUCAUCUUUCUAUGGCUGUAAACAAGUAAAAUAUAGAUCCAGAUUUUUACAUGUUUCAGACAGCCAUAAAAAUAUCUAUUUAGUGCUGUUUGAUAGACGCAUGCAUGACUUUUCUCCUUCAUCAUUCUCUAUUAGUUUAAUAUGCUCUGUUAUUUUCUGUAUUCUCUUUUAACUGAUGGAGCAAAUCUCCUCCAUUCAUCUAUAACUCAUUAUGCCUCCUAACAUCCUCAUCCAGAAGUGUAAAAACACUGUGUUCUUGAACCACUGCUGUGUUUCAGCUUUGAAGUUGGUCAAAUAGAGAAUCAAGCGGUGGUUUGAGGGAUUCCUAAAGCCCUGCACAUUCACAGCUUUUUGAAAACUGCUUUGUGUAACACUAUCAGUACCAAUUUUAAAAAGUAAGCUGAUCUGAACCAACCGUCUUUAAAAAGUAGUCUCUUGAAAGGCGGCGCUCUAAGACAGAAAGCCAUGUCUGUUGAAUCAUUUGGUAAGUGUGUACACUCUGCUUUUAAAGUCUGGUACAUUAAAGUGAGGAUCUAUCAGAUCUUAUGGUGCAGAAAGGGAAAAAAGGCAGGGAAUCAAAGGUAAGGCUGCUGUUCAGAGGAUACAAUCAGUGUUUGCCAGCUGUGCUCAUGUGCUUUGGCUUUUUUUCUAACAGCAUGAUGCUUUGGUUUGUGCACACGUUAACCCCUCUGCUUCAACCUCUAUUUUUAUCCACCUACAUUUCCUUAAUGGGAGUGUAGCACAUGCAGACCAAGAAAACAUAGGUAUUGAUGAAAUCACACAGAGUGAAAUGAAAUAUAUACAAGUAUAAGACUCUCUAAGCAUGUCAAAAUUCUACUACAGGAGCUUUGUAGUAAAAGAUAUGAUUUGUUAAAUAAGAAAGGAUUAAAAAAAACAAAAAAACAUGGGGGCGCAGAUGGCCUAGCGGAUUAGCGCUCCUUGUAGGGGGACCAUGGUCCCCGCAGUAGUCCAUCUCCCCACAUUUCACCCUGUCCUAUCAAUAAAAGGCAAAAAUUGCCCCAAAAAUAAUGAAAAAUCAUGGUAGUACUUUAUAGGCUAACUACAAGAAAAAAACACAGCAUUGUUCUCUGAUGCCUUACAUUAGGGUAUAUGCUUUUUUUUUUUUUACUCCACUAAAUUGACAUUUAGAACCCCAAUUUCAAGAGUCCUGAUACUUUGUACAAUGCUGACAAAAAAUGAAAAGAUGGUAUGCAAACUAUUCAAACUCACAUUUAAGUGGACAUUAAAAAAAGACAAUAUAUUAAAUGUUGAAAAUGGGAAAAAGUGUUGCUUUAUGAAAAAUUAUUUUUCAACAAAGUUAGGUUAGGGACAACACAACUCUCAAAAAGUUGUGUUAUACUGAAAAAAAAAAAAAAACAAGAGGAAGGUCUCUCAACUAAUGAGGUUAAUUUGCAACAUGUUAAUAACACGACAGUCUUUAGAAAAUAAAGAUAGAGGUCCAACCCCUCUGCUAACACUGUUUGAGAAAAUAGUUCAAUAGUUUUAAAAUAAUGUUCCUGAGUAUAAAAGUUCGGAAGCUCAUUACAUAAGCAAUGACUGCCUCGUCCACUGGGGGCGCUGAAGUCGGCCAAAACUGAGAGUUUCUUACAGGAGCUUUAGAACAAAAAAGUAAACCUCAAAUGAUUGAGCUAAAACAUCAGAUUCAAUCAAUAUUUUUUUAAUAGUUUAUCAUCAAUAUUAUUUUUCUUUUCACGUUAAGAAGACUUGAAUGGAAAGUCAAUCUGGGGAAAUUCUUGCCCUUUUUAGGAUGCUAAAAUCAUUUAUCUCAAGUCUAUUUAUGCUUCACGUUACAGUUUGUUUGUUUUUUUAAUACACUGCUUAUUACCAAGCUUCUGUUUAUUCAAACAGAGAAGGAGCUUUCAUGCGUGUCACAUAGGAGCUACUCGCAAAAUUUACCAACAAAAGCCAGAUCUUUUUUUAUAUAUAUAAACACUUAAUACUGACUAGAAUCUAAUGAAAAAGCUGCCUGAUUGAGAAAGUAGAUAAUAGACUGUUAAAUAAUAUGUGUUUGCAUUUCCACAGCGCCAAAGGAAGAGGCAAGGCCAAGGGCAGGGUGAGAUAGACGAAGACAUCAGCAGGAGUUCUUCAAAGAAGCGUCUGAAAAGGAGCAGCUGUGUUGACUUGAAUGACACUAACGUAUGUUUAAACAAGACAGCAGCGUUACAAACAGCUGGUUUGAGACUGAACAAUAAAAAGAUGUGUACUUUAAACCCAGGAGUGCUUGUUUGUCUGGAUAUUUCUUCUUAAUUCCCACAGUUUCUGUCAGUUAAACAGCUUCAAAGCAAGCGAAUGCAUCCAACUGGCAUUAAAAUAAGGUUUAAUUGUUU